UAUGCUGACCACCUGUACGUAAAUGACACGUACAGUACGUAAAUUUGGAGCCAUGUACCGUGUACCGAAGCUUUAGCGAAAAUCACGAAAAUGUACGUAAAUUGAAACGGAGAAUAUUGAUGUACGUAAUUUGCGUUAAAACAACAAAAAAUUGCUAUACAAUUGUGUCCCACCCGUGACGAUGGAAUGAAUACCCGUAAUGCAAAUUAAAUAUAUUCACCCAGCUUUAACUAUGUUAAACUCGCCAUUAUGGCAACGCCGUUUGUGGAAUGCUUUUAUUGUAUUUGUUCGUGUUAAAGAGAAUUUACAUAUGUUAAAGCUCUUCUUAUUUACAUUUAUUCAUGUAUUUUCUACCAACAAUUUGUGGAACUUAUGCUGAAAGGUGAUAUUGUGGAAGCUACGCUAUUGUGUGUGUACGUUGUAUUAUUUUUUUAAAAUGUCGCGAAAACGUGGAGUAAAUAUAUAUGGCUUUGGAUGUGCAGCGCAUAUUGUUCACAAUACUUUAAAAAAAGCUUGCGACAAAAUGCCUUUUGAUGUGGAGAUGAUUGUAGUCAAAAUUUAUUGACAUUUCUAUUUGUUCACCGUGCGUGUCGCAAAAUUGAAAAAAUUAUUUGAUUCCGUGGAUGUGGAAUAUAAAAAACUGAUAGGUUACAGCAAAACUCGUUUCCUAGGCUUGUUGUCAUCAGUCGACUCAAUAUUAAGAAUUUUUGAUGGUCUUAAGGAGUAUUUUUUGGGAGAUCCCAACACCCCAAAUUCUUUGCUACUAUUUUUUGAAGAUCCAAGGGCCAAGAUGUGGCUGCUUUUCCUUCGUGAUCAAGUAAGUAUCGGUUAAUGGGAAUGAAAUGUGUCAGGCACCAAUAACUUUCUUUUUAAUUUCUUAUGUAGGCAUCUAUUUUCAACAGAACAGUUAAAGCAGUGGAAAGCGACAAUAUUAAUGCAAUGGAAGUUGGGCAUGCACUCAAUUCUUUUGUCCAAUCGCUCGAAUCUCAAAAAAAAGAAGCAUUUUUGUCCGCUCCAGUGCAAAAGGAAAUGGAACAUAUUUCUGCUGUUGACGAAGAGUGUCAAAAGAAGAGAUGCAAGAUCUCUCACGUCAAUUCUAUGAAUCAUGUAUAAAAUAUAUUGAAAAGUGGAAAGAACAAUUUGACCAUAUUAUGAUUUUUGCCUGGUGUGCGCUUGAUCAACCACCGCAAUGGAAGUUUAUCGAAACCACCGCGAAGUACAUCGCAACCAAUAACCAUUUUGAUCUGGAAUCAUCCGAUACUGAUUUAUUCGAUCAGUUCACGUAUUUGGAAAGAUACGUAACCGAAGAGAAAAUCCAAUCGUGGGAAGAAAAUGGUACUGCCACCGAUCAACGCUGGGUUGAAAUUUUUCAACAUUUCGUCAAAAAGAAGGUUCCAUACAACCACAUGGUCAGAAUCAUAUCGUAUAUUCUCUCCUUGCCAGGCACAUCAGCCACCGUUGAACGAGUAUUUUCUCUGAUCAAUCAGAUUUGGAACGAUGAAAAAUCACAAAUAAAGAUCGAAACAUUGCGAGAUCUUUUAUAUGUUCGAUACAACAUUAAAAUGACUUGUAAGGAAUUUUUUGAAUUUUUAAAAAUGCAACCUAAAAUGUUGAAGGAAAUUGCAUCAAAUAAAAAAUACGCAUUCAAAAAUGCCAAUCAGAUCGACGAAAACAAAAAUAAGUCUGCUGAAAUUUGUAAGCAAAAAACGAGUUUGGAUACCGAAAAAUAAACUACUUUCUCCAUAACUUGACCAUAAAUUGAAAUCAAAUUAAAUUAAAUUGCAUUUUCAA